AUGCACAAAGGUGUACACGAUAAGUGGACAUUUGUAAAUAACAUUUGGAUACAUACCCUGUUUUCAUCAAUUCCAUGCAUUGUAUUUACCUUGAAAUGUUUAUUCUGUCAAGCGCAAACGUUCUGGCAAUCGAAAGUUGGCUACUGGGUGAAGCCGUUUACAAUCAUGUAUUUAGAUGGCGAUAUGGUGGAUGAUCUGCAAGUUGAUUACAUCCAAAAGAUUAUCGAUGCUGGUUUUGUCAUUUUGAUCUCGAUGUCGCAACUCCAGCCAGUGAAAUUGCACGGAGUGGGCAAUGUGAUCUUCGAGCACAUUCAUCCCGGUCUGGGUACCAUGGGUGAUUUGGAUGCUUUGAUGCAUGCAAUUAAGAAUAGAGGAAGGCAGAAUGUAGCUUAG